AACUCUUGGAAACCCAAACAGCGAAAACCCCAAAACGUAGAUCUCGCAAAAUAAUUUAUUGUUGCAGGGUUAGGACGAAGUUUGGAUAUAUAAUUCAUUUCCUUUCUUUCAGUAAUUUUUAAAACUAUUGUUUAAUCUGUCGACAAUGCGCAAAUUACGAUGGUAUAGGAACAUAUCUGCGUCUAGUCUCCGAAGCUCUGCGGAAUGUUACAUAUUCUAUGGGAACCAGGCUUGAGAAUCUUAAAUGUAGCAACGUGUAGACCGUACAAAAGUUUCCCAUUAAUUUUUCUUUACUACAUUUUCAUAUUUGUCGUUUACUAGUAUUUCUUUUUCCUCUUUAGAGUAAUGGUGUCGGCUUUUUGUUUUUGUUUUUUUGGUUGUUGUUGUUUUCAGAACUCCUUGACAGAUGGCUUUUGAGAUGGACAUUUUACAGCAACAGUUUAUAUGGUUACGUGACAUCAUAUCAUGUUUUACUAGUUUUACAAGUGAAAAUACUGAAUAUCAAGACGACAAAUACCCUGCAACAAAAGGGACACAUUUGUAAAUGUGAACAUGGUGCCAACAACAACAAUAUUUGUGUUUAUAAGAACGCUGUUACUUGGAGUAUUGCAAAAAAAAGCUGCAUCCUUACCAAAAUAAGUUCUUCCAAUUACGACACGAUCUACAGCGAAGUUCAUGGUUCGGAUUACUGGAUCGGAUUAAACCGUUAUCGAUAUAUCGGCUGGAUUACUCGCGAAGGCGUUUUUCAUAUACCCUAUACAGGAGACGGAGGGUGUCUGUGGGUUGAAUCUGAAAAUACUUCUCUUGUUUGGGGGAUUUCGCAGUGUGAUAGAAAGUACAGAUCUGUUUGCAUUGAGGGUGACACUGAUACCACCUCAUCUACAUUGUCGCCUUCUACAUCGGCUUCUUUAGCAUCAACGAUAACGGUGUCAGAUAAUACAGAUGGAAUUUCGACUACUUUAUUUGUUCCUCCUGCCACUGAUCGAACUCGUACCCCGAGCAUGUCACACAGCACAGUUAGUGAUGCUGUAUCCUUGGCAGACACACAGACUCAUUCUGAUGACGCAGUCAUAGGUGGAACUGUAGCUGCUGUAGCUGUUGUUAUGUUGUUGGUGUCGGUACUGUUGGCGGUGGUAUGGAUGAAAAGAAUGAGACGUGGCUGCUUUAUAGACAAAUCAUCUAACGCUGAUACCCACGCACGUUCAGGUGGGGACGGCUUUGAACUGACUGGUGAUCAACGUGUUCAGUCUGACCAUCGUGCUAACGAACAUUCUUCUCGAUCUGAGACUGGGCUGGGAGGUGAGGAUAACCAACAUGGAAUCCCGGACUACGAAUAUGCCAAGCCAUCACUCUUCAGAGUAUCUGUGGGUCCUAGGACCGUAAAUGAAGAUGAGGAUGGUGAUUAUGAUGAACUGCAUGCUAACACUGGAUCGAAGAGUCAGCAAGGAGAUGACAGGAAAGCAUACAGUCAUAUUCACAGUCUGGGUGAUGCUUUUCUAAGUUCUGAUGAUCCUUACGAUCGUGCAAUGACACCAAAGGUAGCUCCUUCAAAUAACGCGACGUACAGCCAUAUGAAUGAGAAGAAGUUUGAGAAUGCUGAGGAUGAUUAUGAUGAAUUGCACGCCAGUACCCAGAUGGAAGGUCAGCAGAUGAGUAACAGUGAUGCAUACAGUCACAUUCACAGUCGAGGUGGUGCUGGUGGAAGUAUUGAUACAACACUAGCAGGCGUGUUUACUACGAAUGACGAGACUUAUAAUAACGUGGACGGGAAACAGCUGGAAAAAGACGACGAGGAGGACGAUUAUGACGAACUACACAGUACUGAUGUGAAGGAUUAUCAAGGGAAUGAGGACGAAGCAUACAGUCAUAUUCAGAGUGCGAGAGAAGCUGACACCUACGACAGAACAACGUUCACAAAACAGUGUCCUCAUCUUGACGCAACACACAGCCAUAUGGACCGUAAUGCCCCAGACAGUCACGCGUGAAACUGUCAGUGAUAUUCACGGUCAGGAUGACACAUAUGAUUGAAAAAGUCAAAGUUUGUUUUGUUUAACGAUACCACUAGAGCAUAUUGAUUUAUUAAUAAUUAUCAACCUAUUUUUUUUUUUACAUAUAGUCUUAGAGAGUUUAACCAGCUACACGUUUCUAUUAAUAGUAAGGAAUCAUAUAUAUGCACCACCGGCCUCAGUGGUGUCGUGGUUAGGCCAUCGGCCAUAAAGCUGAUAGGUACUGGGUUCGCAGCCCGGUACCGGCUCCCACUCAGAGCAAGUUUUAACGUCUAAAUGGGUAGG